UGAAGUCAUGCUCAAUCUCCUCCGCUGUAAACACAUCACACAGCAAUUGAAGUAUCAUUAAAAUCGAUGUAAAUUGGAAACCAAAUAAGGUUGUUCUCGGACUUACCUAUAGGUGGCACUGCUCUCCCAGUAACACCCAGGGACACCAGCGCCACUCAUAUUGGCGCCAUUUUGGAGCUAGGAGGGGGAAGAGAGCUGCAGAGGAGGACACGGCUGAUCGUUAUUCACCCGAACAGGCAGUGAGGAGCUAAAGAGGAUGGCUCACUCUAAAGCUCGAGCCACGGACGGGAAGGUGACCUACCCCCCAGGGGUCAAGGAAAUCUCCGAUAAAAUCUCCAAAGAGGAAAUGGUCCGCAGACUCAAGAUGGUCGUAAAGACCUUCAUGGACAUGGACCAGGACUCGGAGGAGGAGAAGGAGCUUUACCUGAACCUGGCUCUCCAUCUGGCCUCAGAUUUCUUUCUCAAACACCCGGACAAGGACGUGCGGUUGCUGGUUGCCUGCUGUCUGGCAGAUAUUUUUAGGAUUUAUGCUCCAGAAGCACCAUACACUUCUCCCGAUAAACUGAAGGACAUUUUCAUGUUCAUCACCAGGCAGCUGAAAGGACUCGAAGACACCAAGAGUGCACAGUUCAACAGAUACUUCUACCUGCUUGAGAAUAUCGCCUGGGUGAAGUCUUACAACAUCUGCUUCGAGCUUGAAGACAGCAAUGAGAUAUUCACCCAGCUUUACAGAACACUCUUCCAGGUCAUCAACAACGGUCACAAUCAGAAGGUGCACAUGCACAUGGUGGACCUGAUGAGCUCCAUUAUCUGCGAAGGGGACACUGUAUCCCAGGAGCUGCUGGAUACUGUGUUGGUCAACCUGGUGCCAGCACACAAGAACUUGAAUAAGCAAGCUUAUGAUCUGGCCAAGGCCCUGCUGAAGAGGACGGCGCAAGCCAUUGAGCCUUAUAUCACAAAUUUCUUCAACCAGGUGCUGAUGCUGGGGAAGACAUCGGUCAGUGACCUGUCCGAACAUGUUUUUGACCUCAUCUUGGAACUGUACAACAUAGACAGCCACCUUCUGCUCUCAGUAUUGCCACAACUGGAGUUCAAACUGAAGAGUAAUGAUAAUGAUGAGAGGCUUCAGGUUGUUAAGCUGCUGGCUAAGAUGUUUGGAGCGAAGGAUUCAGAGCUGGCUGCUCAGAACAAACCACUCUGGCAGUGUUACUUAGGCAGGUUUAAUGACAUCCACGUGCCCAUCAGGCUGGAGUGUGUGAAGUUUGCCAGCCAUUGCCUCAUGAACCACCCAGACCUGGCUAAAGACCUCACAGAAUUCCUGAAAGUGCGAUCUCACGACCCUGAGGAGGCCAUCCGUCACGACGUCAUUGUGUCUAUUGUUACUGCGGCUAAGAAAGACUUGUCUCUUGUCAAUGAUGCACUUCUCAACUUCGUAAAGGAGAGAACUUUGGAUAAAAGAUGGCGCGUUCGUAAGGAGGCCAUGAUGGGCCUGGCAUCAAUCUACAGGAAGUACUCGCUGCAGGGAGAAGGAGGCAGGGAAGCAUCCAAGCAAAUAUCCUGGAUUAAGGAUAAACUGCUUCACAUUUACUACCAGAACAGCAUCGAUGAUCGGUUACUGGUGGAGCGAGUCUUCGCACAAUACAUGGUGCCUCAUAACCUGGAGACGGCAGAGAGGAUGAAGUGUCUUUACUACCUGUACGCCACGCUGGACACCAACGCUGUCAAAGCUUUGAAUGAGAUGUGGAAGUGCCAGAAUAUGCUUCGACAUCAUGUCAAAGACCUGCUGGAUUUGGUCAAAAAACCCAAGUCUGAUGCAUCCAGCAAGGCGGUGUUUGCCAAAGUCAUGGUCAUCACAAGGAACCUGCCAGACCCUGGAAAAGCACAGGACUUUGUGAAGAAGUUGGCGCAGGUUCUGGAGGAUGAUGAGCGGAUCAGAGACCAGCUGGAAACCUUGGUCAGCCCUUCCUGCUCCUGUAAACAGGCUGAAGUCUGUGUGCGGGACAUUACCAAAAAGCUGGGGAGCCCCAAGCAGCCCAGCAACCCCUUCCUGGAGAUGGUCAAGUUCCUGCUGGAGAGGAUCGCUCCGGUUCACAUCGACACCGAGUCCAUUAGUGCAUUGAUAAAGCAGGUGAACAAGUCGAUUGAUGGGACGGCAGAUGAUGACGAGGAAGGAGUCCCCACUGACAGUGCCAUCAGAGCUGGACUGGAACUGCUGAAGGUGCUGUCAUUCACACACCCGGUGUCGUUCCACUCCGCAGAGACGUUCGAGUCUCUGCUGGGCUGUUUGAAGAUGGAUGAUGAGAAGGUGGCGGAGGCGGCGUUGCAGAUCUUUAAGAACACGGGGAGCAAGAUGGAAGAAAGUUUUCCUCACAUCAAGUCUGUCCUGCUGCCGGUACUGCAGUCCAAAGCCAAGCGUGGGCCCCCGCGCCAGGCCAAGUAUGCCAUCCAUUGUAUCAAUGCCAUGUUCACCAACAGAGACACACACUUCGCACAGAUCUUUGAGCCUCUCCACAAAGGUCUGGACCCCGCUAACCUGGAGCAGCUCAUCACUCCUCUGACUACCCUCGGUCACCUCGCCCAGCUGGCCCCGGAGCAGUUCGCCGCGCCGCUCAAAUCGCUAGUUGCCAACUUCAUCGUGAAGGAUCUGCUCAUGAACGACAGGAUUCCAGGCAAGAAGACGACAAAGCUUUGGGUUCCAGAUGAUGAGGUUUCACCGGAGACAAUGGCCAAGAUUCAGGGCAUCAAGCUGAUGGUCCGGUGGCUACUUGGAGUGAAGAACAAUCAGAGCAAGUCAGGCAACUCCACGCUGAGGAUGUUGACUGCCAUCCUGCACAGUGAUGGGGAUCUGACAGAGCAAGGCAGGAUGGGGAAACCAGACAUGUCAAGGCUGCGGCUAGCGGCGGCAUGCGCGCUGCUGAAGCUGGCUCAGGAGCCGUGUUAUCAUGAAAUCAUUACCCUAGAACAGUAUCAGCUGUGCGCCCUGGUCAUCAACGACGAGUGCUACCAGGUGCGGCAGUGCUUUGCACAGAAGCUCCACAGAGGACUGUGCCGUCUCCGCUUGCCUCUGGAGUACAUGGCAGUGUUUGCUCUCUGCGCUAAGGACCCGGUGAAGGAGCGUCGCGCUCACGCUCGCCAGUGUCUGGUGAAGAACGUGAACAUCAGGAGAGAGUACCUGAAGCAGCACGCGGCCAUCAGCGACAAGCUGCUGUCUUUGCUGCCGGAGUACGUGGUUCCCUACACCAUCCACCUGUUGGCCCACGACCCAGAUUAUGUGAAGGUGCAAGACAUCGAGCAGCUCAAGGAAAUCAAAGAGGCUCUGUGGUUCGUCCUGGAGAUCAUCAUGGCCAAGAACGAGAACAACAGUCACGCGUUCAUCAGGAAGAUGGUGGAGAACAUCAAGCAGACGAAGGACGCGCAGUCAUCAUCUGAUCCCAAAGCCAAUGAGAAACUCUACACGGUGUGUGACGUCGCCAUGAACAUCGUCAUGUCGAAGAGCACCACCUACAGCCUGGAGUCGCCGAAAGACCCCGUGCUGCCGUCCGGCUUCUUUACCAAACCAGAUAAGAACUUCAACAACACAAAAAACUAUCUCCCACCUGAGAUGAAGUCGUUCUUCACGCCUGGAAAGCCGAAGUCUGCCAACGUCCUGGGGGCCGUAAACAAGCCGCUGUCGACGGCAGGAAAGCAGAUACAGAGUAAAGCCUCCCGCAUGGAGACAGCCAGCAAUGAUGACUCCUCAUCCAACCCCGGCUCUCCACAGCGCAGCAAGACCAGGCACGACAGCACGGAGCUGGACCACAGCGAGAACGAGGAUUACGGCCUGAAGCGGGCCGACAGCACCGACAAGGACCUGGAUAAGCCUCGCGGUCGCAAGCGGGCCGUGGCCUCCAGCGAUGACCCGGACAGCAAACCCAAGCGCGGCCGCAAGAAAGCAGCGGCGGUGACCACCUCCAUGGCCGACUCUGAGGACCAGUGGGACGACGACACCAGGCCAGAGGACGAGCAGAACAGCCCGCCCAAGAAAGCUCGCCGGGGCAGACCGCCCAAGUCAGCGGCGGGCGGCGGUGGUGGCGACACCCCCGCCAAAGGGAAGAGGGGGAGGAAGAAGGCGGCUCCGCCUCCUGAAGACGACGAUGAAGAGGAGGAGGAAGAGGAGGAAAGGAUGGAGGAGGAUGAGGAGGACGAUGAUGACGUGAGCAGCGAAAAUAUGGAGGUGAAGACCAAAGGGCGAGGACGGCCACCGCGGCGAUCGCAAGGAUCUGAGUCAACAGAAUCAACACCGCAGAAGAGAAGAGGACGUCCUCCCAAAUCAGCUCAGCCUGCCGCCAAGAAACCAGCGCGCGGCGCACGGUCGAAGGCGGCAGCCGCUAAAGACGAUUCUGAGGAAGAGGAUGACGAGGAGCAGGAAGAAGAGCCAACGCCAACAAAGGGUCGCAAGAAAGCCGCCGGACGGAGAAGAUGAGCAGCUCCAAAACAGUUGGGGACAAAGACAUUGUGGAGGAUUGACGUAGGAAUGAAACGAGGACAGCGAACUUUUUAAACCUUUUCAUACGCCGACGCUCCUACUGUUACACACACACCUGCAUAUACCACAUGCACACUACAUCAGUACCUUUGUGUUAUCAGCUGUGGGUCCUUGUGUGUCGUAAUGAUGUUCACCACAUUCAUGGUUUUAAGAGAAAACAAAAAAACGAUGACACUUGUAAAUAGAUUCUUCUGUCCGUUCCAUGUUCUGUUGUUGUGUUUGAUGCUGACUGGGAGGAUGUUGUGAAGCCCACAGGUGUUGGUAAACAUGCGCCCCUCCCCUUUUUAAAACUGAAUGAGAUUACAUGCUGUUGGAAACCUUUCUUUGCUCCUUGUUCUGUACGUCCUUUUUUUUUUUUUUUUUUAAACGUGAUGAUUAAAAAGAACAAAAAUCUGAGCUGUGUCCAAAUCUAGAGUCGCCUCUGGAUUGUAGCUUGCGUGUCAUUUUUAGCUUUGUAUGAGCUGGUAGGCCGAAGUCAGGAGCAGCUGUAAGUGUUGGCUUCACAUCCGCCCAGUCACAUCUCAGUAUCAAUAUAAUUCUUUAUAAAAACCUGACGCUCUUCUUUCUCUUCAUUUUGUUAGUAGUUUUUUUGUUUUCUUGACGGGAAUGUUGACAUGUGUAUCUUCAUCUUCAGGUCUCUGUCUUCUCAUUUGACUCCAUUAUUUCAUCUAGAAGAUCUUAACUUGGCUAGUACGUUUGUCUUCCAUAAGUUUAUACAUUUAAAUACUUAUUUAUUGUCUUUAUAUAUUUAUGCAUUUUGAGUCAUUUGAUUUCGUUUGCUGACUUACAGUCAUUUCGACGAAUAUAUGGAACAAAACCCCUUGUCUAAUGACGUGCAGAUUAUUUUACCCCCUGUACAUUUUGCGUUUAAAAACGUGUACCUUUAAUAUAGUUGGGUGGUUUUUUUUUAAUUCAAAGUUCUGUUUGAAAUUGAAACGAUAUUCGAUUUUAAUUUGUGUUCUGUCACAUUAAUUUUUUUCAGAUGUGUGUUUGUUGUGACCAAGUAAAAUAGUAGAUUUGAUUUCCAGGAUUAACAAAUGUUCCGUUUCCAAGCUUCACUUC